AUGAUAUUGAUGAAGAUGAUUUUAUUGACAUUCUGUUUCUAUUUGACACUAAAAUUGAAUCACAUUAGUGGACAACUAAAUGAACACACCAAUGUACAACAGAAUCAAACUAUCUCACAUAUUGUUUUUGAUGCAAAUGAAACUAAUCCGAUUGCCAAGAACAAUCAAUCGGAAAUGGAUGUUAUGAAUCUAGUGCAAAAUCAAUUGAAUUCAUCAUUAACAAACGAAAUUCCGAUGCCCAAUUUAUCAGUGACCACAUCGAAUGAUCACAUGUACGAUCAAAAUGUAAACGAAUCAAAUGUGAAAUAUGGAGGCGAAGAACAAGAAACGAAAUCAGAUACUGACAAUGAAAAGAAAAGGAAGUCACAACAAACACAACUUAUCAUAGAUUUCAGUGGAACAAAUGAGAAACGAUUAGCGUUACAAAGACAAAUAUCGGAAGGAGAUGACAGAAAAUCAUCGAUUGUACAAAAUCAAGAGCAGCGUGCAAUAUCGAAAACAGAAAGAAAUAUCAGUGAAUUUCAAGUAGAGCAACAACAAAAAAUAAUACAAACAGAAAAACAAGAUGAUCAAAAAUGUCGGAAAGAAAACGAAGUAACAAAAAUAGAUGAAAAGACGAAAAAGGAAGAGAAAAUUGAUAAAAAGCCAAUACAUACCAAUAAUGAGACAAUACUCAAUAUUACACAAUCGACAAAAAAAAAUUCUGAAUCACCAAACACAAAUUUAGUUACUGACGUUAUUCAGCCAACAACAGAACGAUAUCGUGACAAUUCACAAAAUAAAUGGAACAAGACCAAAAUCAAAACAACAACAAUCACAACAAAAAACACCACAACUACGAUAACAACAACAAAUACAGAUAGUAAACUAAAUUAUCCAGAAAGAACACAAACAUCAUCGGAAACAACGAAAUCAAAACCACAUGAAGAGCUAGCGAAAUUUCCCAGAGAAAAAUAUGUCGAAAACAAAGAGGAGAUCAACACAACAACCAUCACAAGAAUAACAAAAACGACAAAAACAAAAACAAUCAUCACAAACAUAAAUAGUGACAAUACAAAUAAUAAUGAAAAUUAUAAACAACAUUUAUACAGACCAACAACUUUUCAUGGUGCUCAACGUUUUGUUCCCUCGUCUACUAAUUCUUUAUCUGAUUCUGAUCGCUAUUCUGAAGAUGUGUUUUAUGAUACUUUGUAUGAUAGUCUUUGUCUGUUUCCUGCUCUUUCGAAUUUUUCUAAUGAUGUUUGGAAAUCUCAUUGUGCUGACAGUGAUAUUGAUUAUUUCAUUUCACAUUGUAGUUUCUCCGAGAUUUAUCAUGCUCCAUUUUAUAUUAACAAAGUAUUCUUUUUGAAACUUCUGAAAUGUUGCCGAACACUCAUCAGAAAUUAUGAAGAUUUAUUCAAUGUUUAUUCUGAGACAAAUCAUUUAUGUUACAAAUACUUUCACUGUUAA